AUGUGGGACUCCAUCAAAGCCGCGAAUUUGAUGUCGUUAGUUUGCAGGAUUGAGGUUGAGAGUAGUCCAGAAAAUUGCUUGAAAGCAUUGGCGUUGAGGAAGAGAGCUAAGGAUGGAACGAGCCUUGGAUGGCGAUGGUGGCCGUUGACCAAUGGUGGGUUUUCCUGUGUUUUGGGUUCUCCUAGCAUACAUCAGGCGGCAAACCUUACUUCAGGUAACGACGCCAAAGGGGAAUCCUCGCCCAACAAUCAUGUCGUCAGCCCUAGUACUGCUCACCAACUUCAGAGAUUACCUUCAAUGGAUGAUGAUAAAUUUCUCUUGUACCCAAACCUGUUCACUAAGCAAAGCUCAAAUCUUAUUUCUCAUGCUCAGCCAUUUAUAGAAAAUUCCAUAUCGACCCAGGAUUAG